AAGUGUGGCAGUUAACGGUUUGUGCGUUUACGUCAGUUGACGCUGCACGCGGGGCUGAACGCAUCGCAUUCCAGUGUGAUUCCAGCGAGAUGUAAGCGCUGUGCGGACUCUGUGUUUCCCCGCCGUCUCCAGUCGCAUUUUGAAGGGAUAAAAUGUCCAACUUGAAGGAGUCCAACACUUGUCCUGACGGCUACAGGGCUUUAAGCACAAGUGAGCUUAGGGAGCUUUUACAAAAUGACGACAAAAUGGACCAAAUCAUUCGACUCAAUGAGAAGUUUCAGGACCUUCAAGUGGACAGGGAGAUGCUACUGACCUCCAAUCGGAGUUUAGCAGAGGAGAGCCUCGCCCGACGACCCCGCCUUAAUAACGGCAAACUCCAACUGGCGGAGAAAUACCGGGAACUGUCCAACCUGGCAACCACAUGCUGGGAAAAACAGAGUCAGCUUGAGAGCCGUGGCCUGAAGCACAGCCUGCAGACAGCGCAGAACCUCCUGCAGGAAGAGGUGGCUCGUGCAGAAGAGCAUUCAGAGGAGCUGCUGGAGAAGUUCAUGGAGGGGAACGUAAGCCUGGAUGAGUUCUUGGACUCCUUCCAAAGCUCCAGGAAGACGUAUCAUAUCCGCCGGGCUCAAGCAGAGAAGAUGCAGGAGCUCGCCCAAGCCAAACGACAGCCGAGCAAAAGCAAGAGAGCAGAGGAGCCGGAGAGCAAGAUCCCCGAGGUGAAGAAGGACUCGGAGCAGCCGCAGGAGCCUCAGCGGCCCAACGGCUUCGUAGCGCAGGGACCUCUUAGAGUGUUCCAGGUACGCUACGGCCUCACGCCGGCCAUCCUCCUCCCUCAUUACCCCGUUUCUCCCCCCGCCUCGGCUCCAAGCCUUCAGAGUAGUACACCCCCGCCUGAACCCCAGAUGGGACAGACCCACAUCCUCAGCCCCAGCACCCCGCUCCCGGGACACGGCCAACCGGUCGGCCUCAGGGUCAUCGGACAGUUACCGGGUGGCUGGCCGGCUAACGGGCGGCCGGUGCGAGUGCAGCAGCUUUACAGGCCGAAUCCUCAACAGCCCGAGCCGCCGUACCGAUAAGUUCAAACAGGGGUGGGUGGGGGGAGGGGAAGAGGAGCAGCAGGAGGAGGAGGAGCAGAAGAAGAAGGAGGAUGAAAAGCCAGUUUGAGAGGUCUUUCAAGACGUGGAACCAAACAGUGGCUGUCACAAUCAUGUAAGCAAAGACUGAUCCAGAGGCAGGCAGCACUGCUAACGUCCGUUUCUGUUCUCCAUUCAUGACACACAAACGUAACCAAUCAGACGCAGAGCAGAGAUAGCGAGGUGGUGUAGACGACUCAGACAGGAAAGGACACGGAAGAUUUUUUUUUUUUUUUUUAUCUUUAUCGUUUUUAAUAUUUUUACACUGAGGCGUGUGAAGCACAGGGUUGUGAAGCACAUCUGCGAUCUCAUCGUUCAUUCAUACAACAGAGAGAGAGAGAGAGAGAGAGAGAGAGAGAGAGGCUGCUUCAUGAGACGCCAUCAGAGAGUCAUCGAAAUGAAUGAUGACAUCAAUUAAGUGGUGUUUAAUAUAAACUUGUUGUUUUUAAUCCAUCAAAUAAGACAUUCAUGCAUUUCACAAGAUCAUGAAUGCUGAUAUCACUGCAGAGUUUAAACAAAGACUUCUUCUGUAGAGCAGAGCCGGUGGUAUUUAUUAAUAAUUCCCACACUAUAACCUGUCAAUAUUAUCUGCAGUGUCAUGUAUGAUUACCCAAAAACCUUCUGCCUUCUUUUGGGGGAUUUCAUGGACUGUGUUGUGAGCUCCUCGCAUCAGUGAGCGAUUUAUUUAUUCAUGUAAAUCCUAUUUUAAAUGGCUGACUUCAAAGCUUCUUGUUUACCGUGCUCAGUGAAGAGCUGCUUCUCCUUUUUUUUUUUCUUUUUUUUCAAGGCAGCCACUAUUUUUUAUUUCUACCCCCCCCGAAACUGAGUUGCAGAGUGAGGGGAAUUUAAUCUCUAUAAGAAUGUCAGCGUUCUGCAAGCACACAGUCGAAUAUUUAAGGAGGUUUAAGAGGUUUCCUUCUCAUUUCUCUCUCUCAUUUUUACUCAUUAUCCAUCCCUCACCGUUUAAGGGAAACGCUUCGGAUUGUAGUUAUAAUGCUUCUGCUCUCGAACUUGAUAACACGACAUACAUUUUGCUCAUGAAUAACUCAUUUAAGUGCAUGUUUACUACAGCUCGACAAAGUACAUGAAAAUGCCUUCUGUAUGCCAGUGCCCAGUUGCAUAAAGCAAGAAACUUAAAUCAUUUCCUUUUUAAAUAAGUAAGAUCUGUAAAUGCAUUUCAAGGCUUUCAAGGUAUUUUUUUUUUUUUUUUACAACUUGGGUCGUAUUUACAGAGUCUUGGCCUUCAUUCCUAUCUAAUAAUAUAUAAAGUUAUUGCAGCUACAUAGAAGUGCCAGGGGAAUUUCUGGGGGGAAAACAAUAUGUAUCUGAUAUUGUUUCUUUAGCUCUACCUCUUUGUCCGCAGCACCCCCCCCCGAUGCUCUGAAAAUGUCAAAAUUGGAGGUGAAAUUGCAUCCUAAAAGCAGAAUAUUGUAUUACCUCCUAAUGGAAAAACUACACACACUGUCAAUUAAUGUCUGAAGAGUCUCUCAAGUGAUGUACGAUACAACGAGCCUCCUGCAAACUACUAACAAUAAAACAUUUUUGGGCCCAUAAAAUUAAAAUUUAUAUAAAAACCUGCAUUAAAAAAGUUUGUUGUUGCUUGUAUAAAAACAUGUAUGCAGCUCAUUAGUUUAAUAUACAAAAGCUACAAGUCUUUGUACAGAAUUGAUUUGUUUGAUUUGUGAUCAGUCAUACGAUAUUUUGCUUGUAGGAUUUAUCUUUCUAUCAUCUUUAAUGAUCAAUGCACCUGCCCAGUUAUUAUUUUGUUUGUGUUUUUUUUUGUGUAUCUUUGUAUCUGUUUUGUUUUUGCUUUUUGUGUUCUUUAUUAUUUAUUGUGGGGAAAAAAUUAAAAACCAAUAAAGAAGGCAGACGGGUCAAGAAACGGGUUGUAAACAAGCCUCCAGUUUGAAAGAGAAAAUUAACUGUAAAUCACAGAAAAUUACUGCACAAUUAUUACUCAAACUGUCCUUUUACUGUUGGCCUGUUUACAACCUGUGUUUAACUCUUUAUUGACGAUGUCGCCAUGUUCACAGAUGUUACUUCGCUGUGACUACAGUUUUAUUAUAACCAAUAACAAAUGAUGGCCAAAACUCUGAAAGUAAGACCUGAUCACUGUUUAAAGUCUGUUUUCUGUUGCACGAACAUCUUUAAGACAGUAAAAUAUGGAAAUGCAUUCACAGGUACCUGUUUUUUACUGGUGAAGGAAACCGAAAUGUAGAAAAAGGAUUUCAGGAUGGUGACAGCAAAAACCCAGUGGAGACUUUAUUAUUGUACUUUACUUUUUGCACCAUUUAUCUCAGACUGGACUGAACAGUUUGCAAUAUUUUUCUAUUUUCUUUUUUUUUUUUUUUUUAGUCCAGUUUGUCCUGAUUUAUUUUUAUUGUAUAUUUGUGUAAUUGUUUUGAUUUCUUGUCAUGCCUUCCACCUCUGGGUUUUGCCUACAAUCUUUUACUAAAUAAAAGACUCACCUUUUUUUAAAAAUUUUAACACCAGAAAAACCUCCUCCAUCAAACCAAACCACCUCACAAACAAAGCCGAUGUGAGGAAACAUUUAAUCUGUCCAGAAACAUCUGGAUGCAGCUGGGCACUGGUUCCAACCAAACAUGCAGUUUUGUGUCCACUCAGGGUUUUAAGGGGAAAGAAAAUGCAGUGCUGCUUCUUGACUUGUAGCACAGACGUACCCAGGGUGACGAUGUACCCAUGGAUCUCAUGUUGCUCCCCCAUCCCGCCCCCCCCCCCCCCCUCCUCCUCAUCCUCCUCCUUUACAGGUGCAUGCCAGAGAGACUUUUAACCAUAACCAUGGCGACACCAAAUCACCUCCGACAUUCCAUUGUUGCAGUGAGAUUUGACAUGAAUGAACGUUGGAGUAUUGUUGUUGAGACUGGGUGUGGAAAUAAGGUCUAAACUUGUUUUAACAGUGCUGCCUGUUGUGGCCAAAAACAAAAAAAAAAAAAAAAAACCCCACAACCAUGCUUACCAAAUUCACAAGGAUUUUUAUAUUCAGGGCCAGAUGAUUCAUGUAAGAUUGGACGUUUCUGUGUUUGGACUAUUCUCAAACUGUAAAGUGCUUGUUUAUGCGACUGUGGUUUUGUCCGUCCGGUUUUUGUUAUACUGUGUGUCUCUUUUCUAUCGGUGGGACUUAUCCCAGCAGCCUACUUUUUAGUGGAGAGAAGAAGAAGAAAAAAAAAAAAGAGCAGUAAUGAAAUGGAUAAAUGAAUGUUGCUUUUAUAAUUUAAAUAAAGUGCGGCCAGUCAGCCAAACACCCUCAAACCUUUCAGAUGAUUUGCAUCGUGGUUACAUGUCAGACGAAGGAGCCGUGGCUGCGGGCGUUCAUACCAGAUGAUUAUGAGCAAUGUCAAAGCCGAUCAGUGAUGCAGUGAGUGAAGAUGAGCUAAUAAUAUCCAAGUCAUGUCAUUUCCGUCCCUCCGUCUCCGUACGGGAGUUACAUCAGCUCAUGUGUUCAGUACUGUAUGUGUGACUGGAUGCACACGGCUGUCAAACCCCUUCAAUAAAAACUCGAGUUGAAGGCGGGAGAUGUCAGCCUGCGAGUAUUUUCUGGUCUUUGACCUGAUUACACUGAGAGGGAAAAAAAUGACCCAGGCAACCGAUAAAUAACAGCAUGCUGGAUCAAACUCUAAACAAUAUAAUGUAGAGCUGCAACGAUUAGUCGAUUAGACAGAAGAUUUAUCACCGACUAUUUGGAUAAUCAUUGUUUUUGUCCAAAUUUUUGAUUCCAGCUUCUCAAAUGUGAAUAUUUUCUGGUUUCUUUACUCUU